AUGCGACCUGCUGUAUAUCAUAGUCACUUCAAGGCUUCUCAAUCUGCGUACCGUCGCCUUAACUCCACCAAAAACAUACUGAACUUCGGUCCGACUUCUGCAAUGGAUCAACCCAGGAACACAAAAGCUCCAUGGCGUGAUCUAUUAGAUUCUCAUCUCAAACAAAACUCGGGAUACGAGUUUAAUAUCGCUACGAUAGCUCAUGAUUCUAAUGGAGACCCUGUUCCCCGAGUUCGUACAUGCGGCUGCCGUGGCUUCUUCCCAGAACUUGAACUCCAUCCCAGCGGACAAAAGGACAUGGAUGAACAAGUUGGAGAAGCUCAAAACCCCCCGGUUUAUGAGAGCGACAUGCUGACAUUCACAACCGAUGCGCGAAUGGAAAAGCUGGAUCAAUUGAAGUCAUCUGCACGCGCCAUCGAGGCUAUGUUUUGGCUCAAAGAUUCAAUGACGCAGUGGCGGGUCAAGGGGAGAGCAUAUCACAUUGGUGGGCCCUCUGACCCAGAAAAAAAGGGUUCUGAGCAUCUCGCGAGAGACAGGAUUGGCGAAGGUUUGAGACUCAAAGAAAGCCAGGAUGGGGAUACUGCAAACUGGACUUGGGAAAGCGCUGUGACUAGGUAUUUUGCAAAUCACUCUCCAGUCAUGAGAGGCUCUUUCCAAAACCCACCACCUGGACAACCUAGGUCUAACGUGCCUUCUGAUUCAAACUUGAAACUAGGGCAGAGGGUCACCGAUCUCUAUGAUCCAAUCGCUCGUGCUAACUUCAGAGUUGUUGUUAUCAUUCCUGAAGAUGUUGAGCGCAUCGAUUUGUCCAACCAGGAAGAUGUCCAGAGAGAAAAAUGGACUUAUUUGGAGAGCGGGCAUGGAUUGGGGUACUGGAAAAGUGUGGAUCUCUGGCCAUGA